AUGGCCCCCGACAGAGGAGCGGCUUCGUCGAAGCGGUCGUCUUCCCGCGCAUGGGAGUCCCUCACACCCUCUCUCUCGGAAUGGAUCCUGGACGCCAUCUCGUCAAUGAACUUCUCGCGCAUGACGCCAGUGCAGGCCUCGGUCAUACCAUUGUUCAUGGGCCACAAGGACGUCGUGGUCGAGGCAGUUACGGGAAGUGGAAAGACGUUGGCGUUUCUCAUACCGGUGGUGGAGCGACUGCUCAGGCUGGAAGAGCCGAUUAGGAAACAUCAUGUCGGCGCCAUCAUCAUUUCACCUACGCGGGAAUUGGCCUCACAAAUCUUCAAUGUCCUAAUCUCACUGCUGGACUUUCAUCCCCCUUCUGCCACGGCGCGCAAGGUGUUGGAAGGCUCCGAUGAACCUGAAACAAACCCACAGCCUGAGACUUUUCCCACAUCUACACUCAAGGUCAUUCCGCAGUUGCUCCUAGGUGGUUCCACUACCCCGGCGCAGGAUCUGAGUACGUUCCUCAAAACUUCGCCGAAUCUGUUAGUCUCUACGCCCGGUCGGCUCCUCGAGAUAUUGUCCUCGCCCUAUGUCCACUGUCCACAGUCGUCGUUCGAGGUACUGGUGUUAGAUGAAGCAGACCGUCUACUCGAUCUUGGGUUCAAGGAUGAUCUUACCAAGAUCCUUGGUCUUCUCCCGAAGCAAAGACGGACUGGUCUCUUCAGUGCGAGCGUCAGCGAAGCGGUCGACCAAAUCAUUCGUGUUGGAUUACGAAAUCCCGUCAAGAUUGCGGUCAAAGUCAAAGGGGCGGACGGAGUGGAAGACAAACGAACCCCUGCAAGUUUGAAAAUGACCUACGCAGUUACGCCUGCAUCUCACAGGUUCCCUGCCCUUGCAGCACUGCUGAAAGGCUUGGAUACAUUGCCCUUGCGGACGAUCGUGUAUCUUUCCACAUGUGCUGCCGUGGACUAUUUCCAGACAUUAUUACCCUCCAUUCUACCUCCAGAGCUUGUCCUCGUACCUCUGCACGGCAAACACCCGGCAAAUGUGCGGCAGAAGAAUUUCAUCAAAUUCACCAACUCGGCCUCUCCGGCACUUCUUCUCACCACAGAUGUCGCGGCAAGAGGAUUAGAUAUUCCCUCUGUUGAUCUGGUGGUCCAGAUUGAUCCCCCGGCGGACCCCAAAGCGUUUCUUCACCGUUGUGGUCGAGCCGGUCGGGCCGGGAGAAGAGGUCUCGCCGUGGUGUUCCUACUCCCGGGCAGGGAGGAAGAUUACGUGUCGUUCUUGAGUGUCAGAAAGACUCCAAUCGAGCCCUUGACCCAGCCUGAUAUCUCAGUCACAGAAGAGGACUGUCUCGCAACCGAGCAGUCGUUCCAAAAGGCCGUCCUCAAAGACAGGUUAUUACAUGAAAAGGCCCAGAAGGCGUUCGUGAGUUGGGUCCGAAGCUAUUCGAAGCAUCAAGCAUCAUCGAUCUUCCGCAUUGCUGAUAUUGACUGGAAUGAUCAUGCGUCUGCCUGGGCGCUGUUGAAGAUGCCGAAGAUGCCAGAACUCAAGAACUGGGACCGGACCACGUACAACCCUCCGGCCGUGGAUUGGGAUGCAUAUGGCUACAAGGACAAACAACGUGAGAAACAGCGCAAGCAGGCUCUCCAAGAGGGCCCUCGCGAUCCCCUCGUCGAUGGAAAGAUUGCCAACGCCAAGAAACGCGGGAGCACGGUAGCUUGGUCAGAGAAAGUCGAGCGGAGAGAAGGCAAGGCGGUCAAACGCUCCAAGAAGGAAGCGCGGAGAGAAUACGAACGCAUCGCGAAGCUGAGCGAGUCCGAAAGGGAGCGCGAGGCCGAAACUGCAAGGAUGGUUGAACAAAUCCGAAAACAGGCAUUGGCAGCAGCCAGCGCCAGCGCCAGCAAUGAUGACGCUUUUGAAGGAUUUGAAUGA